AUGACAACUGACAACUUUUGUGAGCGAGUUUUGUCCUAUGGUCCUACUUUCAAAGCAAAGGUUCAAUUCAAACUGUAUUCAAUAUUCACAUAUAAUAGGUUUAUUUCCAACAUUUAGAUACGAUGAAUCUCUUGUAAUUUAUAAUUUCAAUAUUUUUCAGUGGAAUUAAAUAAAUUUGUAAUGGUAAAUCCAUUAGGUUUCAUGUGACGUUCGGUAUAUUAUUUAUCGCAUCAAUUGUCCAACUAUGCCGGCUUCUUUGGAAAACGAUUGUCUCUUUAACAAUGGAAGUUCUUGUGAGAAGAAAGAUCACACUGACGUCGACUCGUCAACUACACAACUUCGCCAAUCACGACGUCUCUCCAACAGAAAGAGUAAUCAAAUGAAAAUUACUAGCAUGUUUCCUACAAAACGAAGCAGGAGCACUGAGAAUGUAGAAGACAAUAACAAUAAAAAAAUAAAACUCUGUCCAGUUUCACCUACACCAACAAUAGAAGAAAAGAGUAGCAAUAUUUGUAAUGAAAAUAUACCUUUAGAUGAAAAGAAAAAUGAAGAACUAGUUGUGUCAGAAGUUUCAAAUAACAAUGACGUCAAUCUCGACACUAAAACUAAACUAAAUAAUAAUACUUUAGAUGUUGAUAAGAAUAACGGAAUAACUGAAAUGUGUACUAAUGAUUUAAAACCAUCACAAAAUGAAUUCAAAGAAAAUGGAAAUGUGGAAAAACAUGAUUCACAUACAGAGGAAAUUGUGAAUAAUCUUCCUGAUAUGGAAAAAUGUACAAUUUGUAGCCAAUAUUUAAAUAACUCGGAUAUUAUUUACUACCAAGGCCAUCCACAAAAUGCAGUAGAAGAGUUUAUAGCACUAACUAAUGAAAAGUUAAUAUUAGCUUCUGGAGAUGAUGGAGAUAUAAUGGAGAGACCACAAACAAAUAUCACUGGAUUUUCAAUAUUUGAUGAGCAUGGCCACUUGUGUCCAAUAGAUGGAGGGCUAGUUGAAAAUGAUGUUCGGAUUUUCAUGUCUGGAUAUCUUAAGUCCAUUUGCUCAGACUCUUCUGAUAUUGAUGAAGAAUCUAUUCCAGUUAAAGAUGUUGGGCCUGUCAUAGAAUGGUAUAUUCACGGUUUUGAUGGGGGAGAGAAGAAUUGUAUAGCCUUAUCUACUGAAUUUGGUGAAUAUAAUCUACUUAAGCCCAGUCCAGAAUAUACACCACUUAUGAAUAACCUGUAUGAAAGAAUAUGGGUCGGUAAAGUUGUAAUAGAGUACAUAGAGGAGUAUCAUUACCUUCAACCUAGCUAUGAAGAUUUAUUGGCAAUCCUCAGAGGACAUACAAUUCCUGAUCUAGAUAACAGAGAAAUGACUGAAGAAAUGCUGCACAAACAUGCUCAGUUUAUUUGCGAUCAAGUCGUGAGUCUGGAGACUGAUGAAGACGACGAACCUCUGAUAACAUUACCCUGUAUGAGAAAACUCGUCAAACUAAUGGGAAUUAAAUUUGGCAAGAGAAAAUUCCACACUAAAAUUUCUUACAAAAAGGUCGACAAAAAGGCGUGGACAAAAGCGACUACCACUCCUCUUGUCCAAAAGACUUUCGAAUAUUUCUUUACUGAUCAAUUAGACAAAACAAAUUAUGAACAUACAUUAAGGAGAAAAAGAUGUGGCGUGUGUGAAGCGUGCCAACUGCCAGAUUGUGGAGAGUGUAACGCGUGUCGGGCCAUGCUCAAGUUCGGGGGCCACGGCCGCACUAAGAAGGCCUGCAUCAGAAGACUCUGCCCCAACAUGGCAGUGCAGCAGGCAGACGACUCUGAAUAUGAGGAGGAGGAAGAUUACGAACAAACAGCGCAAAAGCGAAUGCUCGACAAGAUAAAUGACGCUCUACCUGUUAAGGUUUUGGGAGUCAACUGUAAAAAUAUAAGGUGGAUAGGGGAACCCGUCAAGGAUGACGCUACAAAAGUAUAUUAUGAAAGAGUUGAAAUUGACGGUGAAGAGUUAACUGUGGGAGAAUUUGUAAUGGUGGAAACUUCAAGAUCAAAUAUUCCUGCACUGGUUGCCAGAGUGACUUAUAUGUGGAAAGAUAAAAAUAAUAAUAAUGACUUUUAUCAUUGUGAAGUUUUCAUUAGAGCAUCUGAAACUGUACUGGGUGAGGUCGGCAAUGCGCGGGAAGUGUUUUUGGGGGACAGAUGUUAUCACGGCGCCCCCCUCUCAUCUAUUUUAAGAAAAGCGAGUGUCGAAAAAAGAGAUCUACCGAAAGAUUGGUUUAAAUUAGGGGGAAAGGAAGUAGAUGAAGAAUUGUUUGAAGACGAUGGCAAAACGUAUUUUUAUCAAAAAUAUUACGAAAGGUUCACUGCACGCUUCGAAGAUCUUCCGAUUGAUCCAGAAUGUCCAAACGUCUUACGAAAACAUAGAUUUUGUCCAUCGUGCGAGCGUAAGACGAGACGCGAUGCCAAGGACAUCCCCAAGGUGUACGGAAAAGUCACAGAGAAGUCGGACAUAGUUACAGAACAGAACAGAACCGAAUGGAGUAAUGUUAAAUGGCGUGACAACGAUUAUAAGAAAGGUUGCGGAGUUUUUCUUAAACCAGGGACUUUUAAAUUUAAAAAUAAUUCAGUCAGUCAAAGCAUGAGUAAUGGUAAAAUGAAGUUGGAAAAAGUAGACGAGGACAUAUACCCAGAGUAUUACAGGAAGAGCGACAAUAACUUGCGGGGCUCCAACGUCGACACGAGUGAGCCUUUCUGCGUCGGCCACGUAGCCGCUGUGGUGGCGGCGGGCGACGGGCCGCUCGUUGCGCCGCAGGACAUCUACCUGCGGGUCCAUGUGCUCUACCGACCCGAGAACACGACGAGCAAAUUCCCGCAUCACGAGGAUCUCAACGUAGUGUACUGGAGCGAUGAGAUCAAAGAGAUCCCCUUCUCCGCCGUCGUGGGAAUCUGCCACUUGGUCUACGUGGACAACAUUCCACAAGAAGACAAGAUACACGAAUGGUUGGAAAUGGAUCCCAGCAGGGUGUACUUCAGACAGAGCUUCGACAGACGUUCGGGUCGGUUCGACGACGUUCCGCAGCACGCGCGAAGCGUCGGCCGCAGGGACAGAGGGAAAGACAAAGGAAAGGGGAAAGGGAAGUCGAGCAAAACUGUGGAACCGAGCGUCGCCGAGAGUGUGGAAGUCAAAGUGCGGCCUCUGCGGACUCUGGACGUGUUCGCGGGCUGCGGCGGGCUGUCGGACGGCCUGCACCGCUCCGGCGCGGCCAAAUGCGAGUGGGCCGUCGAGAACUUGGAGGCUGCGGCGCACGCCUACUCGCUGAACAACAAGAACUGCACAGUGUUCAACGAAGACUGCAACGAGCUGCUCAAGGCGGCUCUGAAUGGUGCUCCGAACAGCGCGCGCGGUUUGCGCCUGCCGCGCCAGGGUGAAGUCGAACUGCUGUGCGGCGGCCCGCCCUGCCAGGGCUUCUCCGGGAUGAACCGGUUCAACUCGAGGGAGUACUCGAACUUCAAGAACUCGCUGGUCGUGUCGUACCUUUCCUUCUGCGACUACUACCGGCCGAAGUACUUCAUACUGGAGAACGUGCGGAACUUCGUCGCGUUCAAGAAGGGCAUGGUGUUGAAGCUGACGCUGAGGGCGUUGCUGGCGAUGGGGUACCAGUGCACGUUCGGGGUGCUGCAGGCGGGGAACUACGGCGUGCCGCAGACGCGGCGGCGGCUCAUCAUCCUGGCGGCGGCGCCGGGGUACCGCCUGCCGCGCUACCCGGAGCCCACGCACGUGUUCAGCCGGCGCGCCUGCUCGCUCACCACCACGAUCGACGGCAAGCGGUUCUCGAGCGACGUGCAGUGGGAGGAGUCGGCCCCGCGGCGCACGUGCACCAUCCGGGACGCCAUGAGCGACUUGCCGCCUAUAGCGAACGGCGCCAACAGACUGGAGAUCGAAUACGGUUCGAUGCCGGAGACGCACUUCCAGCGUACGGUCCGCAGCAGCGACGACAGCGUCAAGCUGCGCGACCACAUCUGCAAGAACAUGGCGCCGCUGAUCCAGGCGCGCAUCGUGCGCAUCCCCACCACGCCCGGCUCCGACUGGCGGGACCUUCCCAAUAUAUCCGUCACGCUCUCCGAUGGAACCAAAUCUAAGGUGCUGCAAUAUCGGUACGACGACAAGAAGAACGGUCGGUCGGGCGGCGGCGCCAUGCGCGGCGUGUGCGCGUGCGCGGCGGGCGGCGCGUGCUCGCCGGCCGACAAGCAGGAGAACACGCUCAUCCCGUGGUGCCUGCCGCACACCGCCAACCGGCACAACAACUGGGCCGGCCUCUACGGGCGCGUGUCGUGGGACGGCUACUUCAGCACGACGGUGACGGACCCCGAGCCGAUGGGCAAGCAGGGCCGCGUGCUGCACCCGCAGCAGCACCGCGUGGUGUCGGUGCGCGAGUGCGCGCGCUCGCAGGGCUUCCGCGACACCUACCUCUUUGCCGGCUCCGUGCAGGACAAACACAGACAGAUUGGAAAUGCAGUGCCGCCGCCCUUGGGACUGGCACUGGGUCGAGAAAUCAAGAAAGCUUUGAGCCUCUCAGCAACGUGACGUAGCUGUGCCCAUAGUGUUAAAAUAAAGUCUGGCCGCUCAGAGAUUGCGUUUCUGACAGACUUUAUAUAUUUUGUUAAUUACGUAAUUGUUUUAGUCCAAAAUUAAUACGUUUAUUUUAAGGCAUGGUUAUUCAAUUAUUACUCGUUAUUAUGGUUAAUAAAAGAUUUUUAAAUAUCUGAUUGACAUUGACAUUGACACGUGUUAGAAACGAAAUCUCUGAGCGGCCAGACUUUAUUUUUUGCAUAAGCUUAAUGUUUUGUAGGAAUAAGAGUUAACUCAUUUAAUCCAGUGCACGACCAGCUUAUUUUAUUUCGAAUUAACUCACCUAAAGUUACGUUAAAAUUGAACCGACUUCAAAGAUGAAAGACUCUAAAAAGCGAAAAAUAACAUUGUACCUAUCCUAUGUUCUUUCUAUUGAUCGGUUAGAAAGCGGCGCCAAAUAGGCUUUUAAACUUUAUUUUGUUUUAAUUUUAUUUUAAAGUAUUGGCCAAUUUGUUCACUUAUUUUAGCAGUUGUUUUGAUUGUAAAAUUACUGAACCCAUUUAAUUUUUUUUCAAACAAAAAAAAUCAAAAUUGGUAAAUAAAUGGCGAAGUUAUGAGGUAACAAACAUUAAAAAACAAAAAAGAGAAAAACAUUCUGAACCUCCGCCUUUUUUGAAGCGCACAAGUAAAAAAGCGCACAAGUAGGUAUAAGUUUAUGGAACUAUAAUAUGUUCUACUAAACGAUCACUACGAUCACUUGUUUGCGAGCAUAAACUCAAGUGGAUGAGUCAAUGGAUUAAAGAGCGUUUUCAAUGUAUAAAGGUGUAAAUACAAAAUGGCGAGUUGGAAAAAUUAAGUAAUAGAGUUGGAAAAACUGACCACUGUGCCUUUCGUGAGCGUAAAUAUUGACGUUUUCGCUGCGACCGCAAUUUAUAAUUUAUUGUAAGGUUAAUAACAAUUACCAGUUCAGAAAAUAUUGUUAUAUUUUGUACUAAUUAUAACAUUGUUGACAAUGAAAUAAAGUCCUUUUUUACCUA